GUUUACUUCGUUCUCACAAAAAAUAAACAAAACAAUAAUAAUAAUAAUAGUACAUCAAACCACAUACGAUAAGGUUGCAAUUUCCUAAGACAUAAAAAAAUCCACAAGGAUCAUAUUAAUGUCGAGAUUUGUCAAAGAAGACUAUAGGAAACUAAUUAAAAUAAUAGGACCAUAGGUUUUCACAUCCUGGUCCUUAAAAUAUAUAUACAAAUUUCUGGUUUGUGUACUUAAAUAAAGAAACGCAGACAAGGGAAAUAAAAACAACUAAAUCAAAAUGAGUUUUAGCGGCCAAGGUUCUUCGAAUGAUAAUAAUGUUCGAAAGUUAUCAUUUCUUAGUUUUAACACCAAAAAGUCUGGUGGAAAUGAAGAUCCUCAUGAAGUGCUCUUGGACUCGGAAAUGGAAAAAGUUUUCGCUGGUCCAAGUUCAUUAAAGGAAAAAUUUGAUGUUACCACAUUUCAGGAUACGGUGCAUCCUAUUGGAUCUUAUAAAAAUAAAAAUGUACAUCGUACAAAAAAUCUAAAUAGCGAUCUUAAUAUAGAGGAAGAUUCAGAAUAUGAACAUAAUAAUGAUUCAUCAAAUGCACAAAACUACGAUGAUAUACCAGAAGAUUUUCCCUUAGUUUCCGAACGUGCUGGGCAUGGUGAUCAUUCGGAUAAUUCGGCUGAUGAGAAACACGUACAAUUUGGUAAGAAGAAGGCAACUGUUGUUACACCCCCUAGUUUAAGCUAUGAUGAACAACCCAACGACAAUAUACACGAACGUAAAAGAAGAAAAAGCCGCCAUCAAUAUUAUAGACAACGUAAAUUUUCCCAUCAAGACAGCGUGGAAGCCAAAAAAGUUACUGAAGAAAACGGCGAUGCCGGCAAUCAUAAAAUAUCAGCACCGGAAGAUGCCUCUUUGGAGGAAGCGGAUCUUAAUGAAUUAAGAUCACAUCGUUCAGAUGAUCCCAGAGCGUUGAGAAGGCACAAAAUCCAUCAUUCUUCAAUAAAAUUGCGGGAAUUACCACAAAUAAGUGUAGCUGGUUUGCAACAGGCUAAAAAAAUAUUAGAUCAUAGUCCGCAUGAGAUCUUUGUGCAACUUGAUGAACUUAUCGGCGCUGGUGAGGAUCGCGAAUGGAAGGAAACAGCUCGUUGGAUCAAAUAUGAAGAAGACGUACAAGAGGGCUCAGAUCGUUGGGGCAAACCUCACGUAGCAUCCCUCUCCUUUCAUUCCUUGCUUAAUUUGCGUCGCUGUCUAGAAACCGGUGUAGUGCUAUUGGAUUUGCAUGAAAAGGAUUUGCCUGCCGUUGCAUAUCGUGUUGUCGAACAGAUGGUCGUUGAAGAUUUAAUUAAUUCCGAUGAUAAACCAUCUGUAUUGCGUUCUUUGCUGUUGCGCCAUCGUCAUGUGAAUGAACAUCAAAGUGGUUUUCCAUUUACGAAACGCAAAUACAACAGUUACACCAGUCUACAGUUGCUAUGGAUGGGACACGAUCAUCAGCAACAUUUACAUCCUCAACAAGCAAAUCGUCUGCAUCCAAAUGCACAUCCACGACGCUCUGUUUGCGAAACUCUGAGCGCACCACCAAUUGUAGUCGAACCAAAUGCAACAAAUCGCCGUCAUUCCACGUUAUCGUAUUUGGGUAAUCUAUCGGGCGAUGAUAAGAAGAUUAAAAUUAUGCCUGCCUUGGAAAUUGGUGGCAGCAAGAAAAGUAAUGAAUUGAAAAUAGAUAUGAAAGAUGAUUUGUAUUCAUCAUCCCAGGAAGAUUUAAAGAAGCUACAAAAUGAUACCAUACUUAGGAGGAUACCAAAUGGUGCAGAGGCAACCACUGUGUUGGUGGGUGCUGUUGAUUUCCUGGAACAACCAACAAUUGCCUUUGUGCGUUUGGCUGAAGGUGUGCCUAUGCCUAGUCUUACCGAAGUUCCCAUACCAGUACGUUUCAUGUUCAUUUUGUUGGGUCCACCCACUUUGGAUUUGGAUUAUCAUGAAGUCGGUCGUUCUAUAGCCACCCUAAUGGCCAAUGAAUCGUUCCAUUCCAUUGCUUACAAAGCAGAUGAUCGCAAAGAUUUGCUAUCAGCCAUUAAUGAGUUCUUGGAUGACUCUAUUGUCUUGCCACCUGGUAACUGGGAUCGCCAUGAUUUGUUGCCAUUCGAGGAGUUGAAAGCCAAAAAAGACUGGAUUCGUUUGCGUAAGAACAAGGCUUUGCAAGUUAAGAAGGAGAUGAAAGAUAAAGCCAAUCUACAUAAAGAGGUUUUAAAAACUGCCAUUGAAAAGAAGCAGGAAGAUGCUAGUGAUGAUGAUCGUGAUAAGAAAAAACCGAGUCCCUUAGAGAAAACACACAGACUUUGGGGUGGUUUGCGCAAUGAUCUCAAACGUCGUUUGCCCAUGUACAAAAGUGACAUAUUGGAUGGUUUGAAUACCGAGACCUUGGCCGCCACCAUUUUUAUGUACUUUGCUUGUCUGUCAACGGCCAUCACAUUUGGCGGUUUGGCUUCGGAAAAAACUCACAAUCUUAUUGGCAUAUCAGAAACCCUGUUAAGUACCUCCAUUGUGGGAGUAAUCUUUCAUAGUUUGGCUGGACAGCCAUUGGUAAUUAUUGGCACAACGGGUCCUUUGCUGUUGUUCGACGAGGCUUUGAAUAAUUUCUGCAAAGAAAACGGCAUCAGCUUUUUAACAAUCCGAGCCUAUAUUGGCAUUUGGCUGGCAGUUAUAUCAAUUUUAGUGUCGGCCUUAGAAGGCAGUGUCUAUGUACGGCUGCUGACACGUUUUACCCAAGAAAUUUUCUCAGCUCUUAUUACUUUAAUUUAUAUCAUAGAAACUGUUAUGAAAUUAGUGUCUGUAUAUAAGAAUCAUCCACUUUUGGCUGAUUACAAUUUGCCACCACCCAGCUUAGGCCUUAAUGCUACUUUAGAUUUUAUUAAUUCUACCGCUGCUGAGGUGGUCAAUGGCAAUGAAACUGCAACGAAUGAAACUAUUACUUUAAAUGUAGAUUAUAACAGUAAUGUCAAAAGAAAUAUGCCAAAUACCGCUUUGUUUUGUACUAUUUUAACGCUGGGCACUUUUACUGUGGCCUAUUACUUGAAACUUUUCCGUAAUUCGCAAUUCUUUGGUCGCAAUGCAAGACGAGCUCUGGGAGAUUUUGGCGUACCCAUAUCUAUUACAAUAUUUGUAAUGGUGGACUAUUUUAUACCAGCUGUUUAUACUGAGAAACUAAGUGUACCAGAGGGUCUGUCGCCCAGUGAUCCAAGUGUUCGUGGCUGGUUAGUGAGUUUGGGACCAAUUGAGACUUGGAUACCUUUUAUGGCCGGCAUACCUGCAAUUUUAGUGUACAUAUUGAUAUUCAUGGAAUCGCAUAUUUCGGAAUUGAUUGUAGAUAAACCAGAACGUGGCCUAAAGAAGGGUUCCGGUCUGCAUUUUGAUAUUGUUCUUUUAUGUUGUCUUAAUACGUUCUGCGGUUUCUUUGGCAUGCCAUGGCAUUGUGCCGCCACUGUACGUUCCGUGGCUCAUGUUUCUGCUCUGACAAUUAUGUCGAGAACACAUGCUCCUGGUGAAUCUCCACGUAUAAUUGAUGUUAAGGAACAAAGAGUUUCGGGUUUCUUUGUGGCAUUAAUGAUUGGUCUUUCGGUAACAAUGGCACCGUUGCUGCGUCUCAUACCAAUGGCUGUGUUAUUCGGUGUUUUCCUUUAUAUGGGUAUUGCUUCAAUGAGUGGAGUACAAUUCUUCGAAAGAAUACGUUUGUUCUUUAUGCCAGUGAAACACUAUCCACCCACUCCGUAUGUGAAGCGAGUUCCCACAUGGAAGAUGCAUUUGUUUACGUUCGUGCAAGUUUUAUGUUUGGCAUUACUUUGGGCUGUGAAAUCAUCGAAAAUCUCUUUGGCUUUUCCAUUCUUUUUAAUUAUGAUGGUGCCCAUAAGGCAGAGAUUGGCAGCUUUAUAUAAGCCACAAGAAAUGCAAGCAUUGGAUGGCAACGAAGCUAAAGCUGAUGAAGAUGAACCAGAUUUUUACGAAGAGGCAACCAUUCCGGCAUAGAAUAUUCAUAAAUAUAAGAUAUUGCACAAAAACUAUUUAUGUAAUUAUAGAAAUAUAAAUAAUGUUAUUUGUUUCAUUGUUAAACUGUAUUAGAGUCUACUUAAUGUUAAUUAAAACUACAGAAAAUCAGCUGCAAAUAUUAAUAUUCAAAACAUUUAUUGUAUUUUUUAUGUAAGUAUGUACUUAAUUUUUAGUUAAAUAAUACAAUUAUAUAAUUAAAUAAUAAUUUAUAUUCAAAUGUACUUAUGUAAACAACUUUUAAACACUAUUACUUAUUUUUAAAAAUAUUUCCCUGAUUUAUAGAAAACAACAAAAAAAAUAACAAAUUGUAUUUAAAAAAAAAAUAAGAAUAAAACUAAAUAUUUUGUGAGCUUUAUCAAGUACUUAAAGUAUUAAAUUUAACUUAAACUGCAAAAAAGAACGGAAAAUUUUAAUUCUAAUAAAUGGUUUUAAAUACCAUAUCUCGUCUUUAGGUAAAAAAAAGAAACUAUUCUAUUUUUUAUAACUGUAAGUAAGUAAGAGUAGAAUGUUUGUAUAAAUCAUGAAAAUAAUAACUAAUAAUAAUGGAAAACUACAAUAUGUUUUGCGUAAAUAAGCAUAUUUUGUUUCCAUAGAAGAAACAAGAUACAAAACAAAAUUUAUAAUACUUUUAAGUAAGAGCUGAACAAAAAACAAAACAAAAAAAAAAUAUAGAAGAAAACAAAUUUAUAGAAAAGUCAUUGUUGUGAUUGAGUACUUAUCAGGUUGGGAACAAUACAAACUUACAUUUACAUAAACUCAUGUACAUGAAGACAGAUAGAAAAUGUCAAGUAUUUACAAAAUACAAAUUCAAAUACAUACAACUACUAUAAAUACAGAUUACACAGCAUAAAAUAUUUUAAUAAAAGAAACUUUUAAAGUAGCAAAAUUAUUGUUAAAUGAUAUAGUAACCGUAACACUAACAAAUAAACAAACAUUAUAUUCCAAAAAAUACACAAUUUAUGAUUAUUCAAGCAUUAAAAAUAAAAUUUAUCUUGUCUUGAGCUGAGCUGAGCCUAAACCUAAAUCUAAAACUUUAUUCUUUAGCUGCUAUCCAAGUACCUUAGUAAAUAAAAUUCAACUGAAAGAAAUAUAUUUUUUAAUUGCUAUUUCUUUUUUAUAUUUACUUACUAACAUAUUCAAAUGUACGAGUAUUUGUAAAAUAAUGUUAUUUUUGUUUAUAAUAAUUUUCCUUUAUUUUUUCUCUUUAUUUCACUGUUUAACGAAAAUUAACUUCAAUACAAAUUGUAAAUGAAUGAUUGCAUGUAGUUAUUAAAUCUAUUUAAAAAAAAAGUAUUUUUAUUUUAAUUUAGUGAUAUUGAGUGUCAAACACUUUACAACUUUGGAAAUCAAUAAUUAAUAAUAAACCCUUUAAGAUGAUGCAAAAAAAACAAAAAUGUUUAAUAUUUAUUAUCGUAGUUUAACAUCAAUGUAAUUGUACACAUUACUUUAAAGUGUUAAUUAGUUAUUACUAUAAACUUCUAAAUAAAAUUUUAUUCUAAACGAAA